CUCAAAACCCUCAUUUUCAAGAGAUGCACAAGAAAGCAAAUUAUAGGACAAAUCAGGAACAUGUCUAACAUUUUUUAAGUUCACAAUAGAUCCAGAGUCAAAUUUAAGACACAUAUCUCCAAUUCCAAAAACUUUGCAUUUCUUUUCAUUAGCCAUGGACACAAUACCGUUAUCAAUCUCUUGAUAGUUUGAAAAAAGGUUUUUAAAUGGUGACAUAUGAAAGGUAAUUUGAUUCGUUCUUGAUGGAACCUGAGGAGACACAGAUGUGUGUUGCUCCCCCUGUUAAUGACAUAAAAUGGCUGCUGACAGAGUGCGCGCGAGCACUUGACGAAAACAAACUGCAUGAUUUUGACAUACUGGUGGAGCACACACGUGGGGUAGUGUCCGUCACAGGGGAUCCCAUCCAGCGCCUUGGGGCCUACAUGAUUGAAGGCCUAGUUGCAAGGAAAGAGGCUUCUGGUAGGAACAUUUGUAGGGCACUCAGAUGCCACGAGCCUGCAGGGAUGAAGGACCUACUGUCCUACAUGCACGUCUUGUACGAGACAUGGCCCUACCUAAAGUUCGGUUGCAUGGCUGCAAAUGGCGCCAUUGCGCGGGCAUGCAGAGGCGACGACCGCAUUCAUAUAAUAGACUUUCAAGUCGGGCACGGGAGCCAGUGGAUGACACUCCUACAAGCCUUCGCCACGAGGCCGGGCGGGGCCCCCUACGUGCGCAUCACCGGGAUCCAGGAUCCGCUUUCUUCUUACUCGACGCAUGGCGUAGGUUCCAUGGUAGGCGAACGCCUUGCGGCUAUGUCUGAGAGAUUCAACAUCCCAGUCGAGUUUCAUAACGUGCCUGUUUUCGCCUCACUGAUAACGAGAGACAUGCUUGGUAUUCGACCUCGCGAGUGCUUGGCGGUAAACUUCCCUCUACAGCUCCACAAAACCCCCGACGAGAGCGUGGAUGUCACCAACCCGAGAGACAGGCUUCUGAGGAUGGUGAAAUCCCUGUCUCCCAGGGUGGUGACACUGGUGGAGCAAGAGUCGAACACCAACACGGCGCCCUUCUUCCCCAGGUUCAGAGAAGCCCUGGAUUACUACUCAGCCAUGUUCGAGUCGCUGCGCGUGGUCCCGGGUAUGGACACAACUCACACAAGAGAGCGCAUCAACGUCGAGCAGCACUGCCUGGCAAGAGACUUGGUGAACGUCAUUGCGUGCGAGGGAAAAGAGAGGGAAGAGCGGCACGAGAUGUUUGGGAAAUGGAAAUCGAGGUUCACCAUGGCGGGGUUUAGACAGUUUCCUCUUAGCCCUUAUGUGAAUUCGGUCAUAAAGGACCUACUCGGGACUUACUCUGAGCAUUACACACUUGUUGAGGAAGAUGGGGCGAUGCUAUUGGGAUGGAAGGACCGAAACCUCAUCUCGGCAUCUGCUUGGCACUGAAUCGAAGCAAUAAUAUACUCCCUCCGUCCCAUAUAAACAUGGGUACAUUUUGACUAAAGUAGAAAUUAAGAGAGAGAAUUUUG